GUCCAAGUAUGCUACGUCCACCGCCACCCCUCUGUCCAAGUAUGCUACGUCCACCGCCACCCCUCUGUCCAAGUAUGCUACGUCCACCGCCACCCCUCUGUCCAAGUAUGCUACGUCCACCGCCACCCCUCUGUCCAAGUAUGCUACGUCCACCGCCACUCCUCAUAAAAAUAAAUCAGAUUAACUCAUUCCUAUUUACUAACAGUCUUUUAGAACUGAUCUCCAACUACACCUGUAGCAUGUCCAUAGUUUGACUGUUCCCUCUACAUUAACUGUAUUUGCAGUGUUUUGGUGAUGUCAG